AUGAUAGCGCGUAUGAUAUCUCAAAAUAAUAAGCUGAAAGUCAAAAAGUUAAUUGACAAUUUUGUGAUUUCAGACCGAGUGACCUUUAAGCCUGAGACUGAUGAAAAUGGCUCCGUGUCCGAGACGAUACCAGACAAGCCAGUGGAGCUGAAGAAUUUUCCGAAGCUGUGUGAGCAACGGCGCAAGUUCCCAGUCCUCUACAAGCUUGAGUUUCAGACGGCGACCAAGGUGGAGACACACGCUUGCCGACAUGCAACCAAAAAGACUAAUUUACACAAAAACCAGAACCAAAAAGUCAUUCCUUACGACUACAACAGAGUGGUGCUACAAACGGUAGAUCGCGAGCCAGAUUCCGACUACAUUAACGCUUCCUAUAUAGAUAGUAUAUUAAAACCAAACGCAUACAUAGUGACUCAGGGGCCAACAGAAGAGACGGUGGUGUCGUUUUGGCGAAUGAUUUGGCAGGAACGAGCCGCCGCCAUCGUUAUGCUUACCAAGACUUUUGACUUCAUUAAGGUGAUGUGUGUCCAGUAUUGGCCGGCCAGCAAAGACAAGGACGAAACAUAUGGAGACAUAAGUGUAGGAAUAGUUCAAGAAGAGGAAUUAGCUAAUUUUCACAUACGAACCUUUCGACUUUAUAAAACUGAGAAAAAUGUGGUGAUAGAAGAGCGUUUUUUACUUCAAUUUCACUAUACACAGUGGCAUUCGCAUACUUGUCCAUUCGGUAAUGCCCUAUUAGAGUUUCGAAGGAGGGUCAGGGCCGUGGUUGGGAGAAGGUUAGCAGCCAGCACCGCGACGGGACCAAUGGUAGUACACUGCAAUGACGGUGGUGGACGUUCAGGAGUAUACCUAGCUGUCGAUGCAAAUUUAGAAUUGGCUGAAGAAGAAGACUGCUUUGACGUUUUUGGUUUCUUAAAAAAGCUACGACAAUCUAGAAAAGGGCUUAUUGAAAAUGAGGAACAAUACAAAUUCGUAUACGAUACUCUAGAAGAACACGUGGUCUGCGGCGUGAGCUGGUUUCCCGUAUCAGAGUUGUCUCAGCGGCUGAAGCAAAAGUCUCAAAGAGAUCCCGCGAAUAAGCUCAAUGAAUAUCAGAAAGAAUACCAACAAAUCUGUAAGCAAACUCCAAGAUUCACGAUCGGUGACUGCGCUGGUGGUCAUAGAGGGGAUAACAGAGAGAAAAACAGAGACGUUCUUGUUGUACCACCUGACAACUUUCGACCAUAUUUGACAUCGUUUCAAGGCAACAGCUUCACCGACUACAUUAAUGCGGUUUUUGUAGACGGUUACACAAAACCUCGUGAAUACAUAGUGACUGAGUGGCCAUUAAUACGGACUCAAGGCGAGUUCUGGUCCCUUGUGUACGACUACGAGUGUGCAGCCGUUGUUGUUCUCUGUGUUCCUCCUAAAAACUCUCAACAGUAUCCUCCAUUUUGGCCUGAAGGACGACAUUCUAAGAAAUAUGGACCCGUCUUCACUAUCGAUCACGUCUCACACAACCAUUACACUAAUAUAAAAACUUGGAUAUUUAGAAUUAAUAAGAAGAUCGUAUCACUAACAGAACUAAUGGCGGGUGUAAAAGCUCCGCCUAAAACAGUACAGCUAUUCCAGCUAACUUGCUGGCCAAUGGGCCACAAGGUGCCAUCUUCAACCAAUUCACUCGUGGAACUCAUGAACAUGGUUGAACGCUGGAGACAGAGGACUGACUAUGGGCCUGUCUGCGUUGUCUCGCCUGAUGGUCGGAGUCGAGCGGGAGUCUAUUGUGCAGCCAACGCUUGUAUAGAACAAGUAAUCCAACACGGUGAGGUUGACGUGUUUCAAGCCGUCAAGACUGUACGCCGACAUCGACCUCAGCUUGUCGAGAAUAUGACGGAAUAUAAAUAUUGCUACGACCUAGUUUUGCACUACGUACUUCACUAUUUAAAUAAAGAUAUGAAUGAGAAGAAGUGA